AUGAGCUGCAGCAUCAAGAGAACUUCCAGUACCUCCUUCAGGAGCGGUGGAGGUGGAGGUGUCUGUGGUGGCGGCAGUGGCAGCAGGAGCUCCUCUGUCUCCUGCAGGCGCUACGCCUCCUCGGUGGUGGGUGGUGGAAGCUACGGUGGGGCAGCGUGCAGCAUGGGCUACGGAGGGGGCAUGAGCGCAGGCAGCCUUGCUGGUGGCUUUGGUGGUGGCUUUGCAGGAGGCCUUGUUGCCGGGGGGGAUGUCCUUCUGAGUGGCAAUGAGAAGGUCACCAUGCAGAACCUCAAUGACCGCCUGGCUGCGUACCUGGACAAGGUGCGACAGCUGGAAGAAGAAAAUGCUCAGCUGGAGCACCACAUCCGGGAGUGGUACAGGAAACAAGCUCCCAGCGUCUCCAAGGACUACACCUCCUACUACCAGACCAUCGAACAACUCCAGAACCAGAUCAUUUCUGCCACUGUGGACAAUAACAGACUGCUUCUGGACAUCGAUAACAGCAAGAUGACUGCUGAUGACUUCAGAAUGAAGUAUGAGAAUGAGCUGGUCAUCCGUCAGACUGUGGAGGCUGAUAUUAAUGGCUUGAGAAAUCUUCUGGAUGAGCUCACUUGCACUCGAUCUUCACUGGAAUCGGAGCUAGAGUCCCUGAAGGAUGAGCUGAUCGCUCUUAAGAAAAACCAUGAUGAGGAGAUCAGGAUGCUGCAGUCUCAAACUGGUGGCGACGUGAGUGUGGAGGUCAAUGCUGCCCCUGGAGAAGACUUGACAAAGGUACUGAACGACCUGAGAAACGAAUACGAGCAGAUCAUUGAGAAGAACCGCAGAGAGGUGGAGCAGUGGUACGAAGUCAAGAUUGAAGAAGUCAACCGCCAGGUCACCUCCAGCAGCCAGGACAUCCAGACCAGCAGCCACCAGCUCACGGAACUGAGACGUGAAAUGCAGAACCUGGAGAUCGAACUGCAGGCGCAGCUCAGCACAAAAACCUCUCUGGAGAACUCUCUGGCAGAAACGGAUUCCCGCUACGGCUUCCUGCUGCAACAAAUCCAAGGGCAGAUUAACUCUGUGGAGGAGGAGCUGGCCAGUAUCCGCUGUGAGAUGGAGAGUCAGAACCAGGAGUACAAGAUGCUCCUGGGCAUCAAGACCCGCCUGGAGCAGGAGAUUGCUCAGUACCGGGCCCUGCUGCAGGAGGGACAGCAGGACAUAACAUCUCAAGGAGCUCUCCAAGGUGGGGGAUUAACCUCCCACUCUUAUUCUUCUACUUCCUACUCUCAUGGUUCAUCUGGUGACAAGACAGGGCAAUCAAGAGUGUGUUAA